CUUCGGGGCCAGAGACGACGCUGUCUACGGUGGGCAUACCCGUACCAUCCAUCACCCGCUCUCGCAAGAGACAGACCGUUGACAUUCACUGAAACUGAACGCAUGAAAAGUCGCCUUGACGCGAUUUAGAAGAGUGCUGAACAUAUCUCGCCCCUGUGUACGGCAGCUCUUCCGUGAGUGGUCUAAUAGACAUUUUGCAUACAAGGAGGUUGAAUGUGCUGGAUGCUGGAGCUAUCAACCCUGGAAUGGAGAAGCUCAUACCAGUCCUGAAAAGUCCAAUUGCCCGGAACCUGACUUAUCUCAGAAUACACCAUUCUAUCCUUAAAAGAGAUAAUAUUGUUAAUAAGGCUUUACCCAAGGAUGGACUCACAGAUGGAAAGGAGUCAUUAAUGAUUCAAAGGCUUCUAGAAAAGCGGCCUGCCAUCUACAAGACCAACAUGGAUGAACCCAUAUAUCUCCAUCCGUCCAACAUCGCGCAUAUCCGAACUCUGGUUCUAACAGAUGUCCCGGCAUUUGUUCCUUCACCUUCUCCAAUUAUUUGCUCCAUAACACAAUUCAUAUCUGCCUGUGCAGACGAGGCUCUCCUCGCCUCACUGCAUGCUGAGUCCAAUUACUCCCUUCCUCCAGGCCAGUACCGUGCGAAAGCCGUAAAGCAACAUGCAAAGGAACUCUUUGCCCUGGGAGCUAUCAUCUUGGAGAUAUCACCAGGUAAAAAGUUUGAAAAGCCAGAAUCUUCGUCCGCUUGGGUCCUUACAGGUUACUACCAACCAGACACCUUCAAAUCAAGCACUGGAGAUCUAGACUCUGAAAAUCUAUGGGCGGCUGCCGCGAAUGACUUUAGUUUUUUUGAUGAAGACGAAACACGUUCUACUUCGAGUUCGGCAGCGGCUUUGCCUCCGGUACGAAUGGUCGAUGUGGUAGUUGAAUUGGCUGCAUUCCGACGAGAGAGACGGGAUGCAUAUGAUAAAAGAGUUCAGAGCACUGGAUAUACAACAAUAUUACCUGCUGAUGGCCAUUGGAAGGGAGAAGUAAGGAUCCAGAGGAAUCAUCUCUAA